UGACGUUCUACGCACUGCUGCGUUUUGCGAAGCUGCUCAGUUUCUAGUGAGAGCAAAAAGGGAAAAGCAUAUAGACAGAGGAAUAAACACAUCAAAAGGGAAAAGAGGCGAAUUACUAUAGUAAGUAAUGGUGCCUCCAGCCUCCAGGGUGAAGGGGGAGAAGCUCCUCUCUAAUCAGGCCAGUCCUGCGCUCUGACUGCACCAGGCGACUCUGCAGCGACUCUCUCGCCGUCCUCUUCGCUGUGAUAGCGUUCUCCAAGAGUCCGCAGAAGCGGUUUUCGCGUUUGAAGGCGCCCCAGGGGACCUUCACAAUGGAAAGAACUGCUGGGCUGUGAGGUUGGGCACGUCCAGCGGAGAACUAUGGAGAGGGAGAGCGAAAAGGAGGAAGUGAAAGCAAGGGAAAUGUGUUUUUCUUUUACAAAGUCGUCUUUUCCUUCAAUUUACUUUUGUGUAUUGUAUAUGCUGACCUCGUUUCUUGUCGGCCAGACUUAGAUACUGUUCCUUUACCUUCAGUUGAUCUUUUAGAUUUUAUUUUUUUGACAUUUUUGUAAUUGUAACAUUUUCCUUUUUAACACUUCAAAGGAUAAAAAAAACAUUCAGGGUUUUUUCCCUGUCCCUGUUUUGAUUGGACAACAGUUGGGGGGUGAAGGUGUUGGCUUCCUUUGGCCGUUAACCCCCUCCCCCUCCCCUUGCUUCCACCCCUCAACCUGGCACUUGUGGAUGGUUGCCCUGGGAACGGUUGCUGUGACACGAGGGGUUGGUGAUGGGGAGUGUCCCGGGUUCAGGGAAGGGGAGGGGGGGGCGGGGACUGGCAGGCUUGGGCUGCAUGCCCUGGAAGGUGAGCAAACUGAAAGGGGGCGUGGCAAGCAGGAGUACCACGGAGGGAGAGGGGACUGGAGCCUCAAGACCCGCACUCUCUAUGGCCCCGCCCCCUCCCAUCUACCAUGAGAAGCAGAGGCGGGAGCUUUGCGCUCUGCACGCGCUCAAUAACGUCUUCCAGGACGGGGCGGCUUUCAGCCGGGACACGCUGCAGGACAUCUUCCAGAGACUCUCUCCCAAUACGCUUGUGACACCACACAAGAAGAGCAUGCUGGGAAACGGGAACUACGAUGUCAAUGUGAUCAUGGCUGCCCUGCAGAUGCGCGGGUUUGAGGCCGUGUGGUGGGAUAAGAGGAGGGACGUUGGCAGCAUCGCCCUGCCCAACGUGAUGGGCUUCAUCCUGAACGUGCCCUCCAACCUACGCUGGGGCCCCCUGCGCCUCCCCCUCAAGCGCCAGCACUGGAUCGGGGUUCGAGAGGUGGGAGGUAUCUACUACAACCUAGACUCCAAGCUGCGCUGCCCCCAUGCCAUUGGCCCCUCCGAAGAGCUCAGGAAGUUCUUGCAACACCAGCUACGAGGGAAGAACUGUGAACUUCUAUUGGUUGUUCCAGAAGAGGUGGAAGCACAGCAGACAUGGAGGACUGAGAGCUGUUGAACAUUUGACACAUUUUUACUGGCAAGUGAACUAAAAGGAUGGGGGCGUGGCUAAAGUCCAACAGCCAGUCUGUGAACGGGUGCAGAUUGAAAUGAAGCCAAUCGAGAUGGAGCAUAAAGGCCAAAUUCUCUUAUGUUUCCCUCUGUUGGACAACCCCAGACCCAGGAGGCUGAUUUAAUCAAAGGACGGGAUAUCCAAACGCAUUCUCAAUCAAACAGACUCCUAGGGAAGAAAGAAACCAAUCUUUGAAAAUCAUGUUUGGUGUUUGGGGAAAAAUUGUAUGUUUUUUUAAAUUUUUUUAUUGUUUUGAUCUUUUUUUAAAAAUGUUUCAUUUAUGUUGUCAGUGUUGGUGUUUUGAAAAUGGGAAUCUGACAGAAAUAUGACACUAUCAAAAGACGUUGGCAUGACCAGUCUUGACCUCUCGUGUGACUGACCUUUCCGGUAAUCGUUCCCGUCUUCUUUUUUUUUUUUUACUUUAUCUGCUGUUCUGAAGGGUUCUCCUCCUCCCCCCUCCACUCCUGAUUUUCACAGUUCCCUUGUGUUCAUACAGGACAUGGAAGCCACUGGCGUGUGUGUUUUUACAAAUGCCAAGUGUGCAGUGUUCUUUCCCGACAAAACCCAGAAAAGGAAAUGGUUGCUUUUUUCUGCUUUUUGAUGUGUAAUCACAUGGCAUCAAUAUGAACCGUAUUCUGUUAUUUUACGUGCCUCAUUCAUCGUUUAGAUUAAGUUAGCAUCGAAGGUAAAGCCUGCUUGCAGAUUUACACAGCACUGGGUGUACUGGGGCUCCUUAGGAUGGAGAAUUAAUUGCAUCAAACUCAAUACAGGGCAGGUUACUGCCAUUACACUAGACCCCUUGAUUACUAUGUAACCGUGGCAUUGAUGUGUGAAAUUUGUGAAUGAUUCAGAACUGGUUUGGUGUUAAAGAGCCAGUUCACCCAAAAAUGAAAUUAAGGUAUGUUCCCACUUACCCAGAGUACUAUCUAUCCAUCCAGAUAGUUUUGCUGAGAAUUAAUGAGUUUUCUAGAUGUCCAUUGUAGCCCACCCUGAAACAACGGACCUCAGUUGGACCCAUAUCAUUUUGUGGAACUCAAUGCGUCAAAGAUAUACAUUUGAAAAGCUCAACAGCAAUGUCUCUUUCCAAGUAUAACGUCACUGUUACUCACAAACAUCCACAAAGCCUAAUUUGUGCACGGGAACUAAUACUUGUACCAAGAACAACUACUUCUACUGAAGUACACCAACUAUGUAUAUCCGAGCAAAGUCUGACACUGACAGACAAAAAUGAAACUUGAGUGGUGGCCAUGUGGCGUUGGUGGAAUGCGACCGUUUGUUUUAGUUUCAAUUUAGCAACUUACUUUAUUAAAGCACAUAACAGCUUUGAAAUUCACGGUUGAGAUAUUAAUGGUGAAAUUUAUGUUGUGUUAUACGACGUAAAUUGCACCAGUUCAUAUCUUAUCCAUGAAUUUGAAGCUGUUAUGUGCCUUAAUAAAGUAGUCUAAGUUGCUAAUAAGCUGCUAUAUUGAAACUACAACAAGUGGUUGCAUUCCACCAGCAUCAUAUCACCACCACUCAAGUUUCAUACUAGUCCGCCUUCAUGAGACUGUGCUCAGAUAUACAGUUUGGGUACUUCAGUAGAAUAAGUAAUUCUCAAUGGAAACAAACUCUGUGGAAGUUUGUGAGUAACCCUGGCUUUAUAUUUGGAUAGAAAUGUUGCUGUUGAGUUUUUUUUCAUGUACUUUGAGCGCCACGAAAAUAUGGGUCCCUUGAAGUCUGUAUCAGGGUGAGCUACAGCGGGUAUCUAUAAAACAUCUUACCAAAACCAAAUCUUUGGUAAGAUUUUUACCAUCUAAAAAUCUUACCAAAACUACCUCGAUAAUUUCAUUCUUGAUUAAAUUUUUGGGUGAACUGCUCCUUUUAAUUUAGAGUAGGUGUUUGGAUCAGGUGCUGCAGUAAAUGGAUUAAAAAAUUGAUUUGUUCCCCAUUUGUUACUUAAAGUGCACAGGUGCUUGCGUGUAAGUUACUUGUCACUUGAGUACAUUGUUGCAUUUUAAUUGUGCAUGAUUGCUGCCUGGCUUCAUACAAAAGUUGGACUAAAUUUGUAAUGUGUACGUAAAGUCAUAAACAUACACAUAAACUUCGGCACAGUUUAAACACCGCACUUACACAGUGUAAGUGAAUGUUAAUGUCCUUCUGUAGCAUCAUCUAGUCCCUAUAUGCUAGGGUAUAUAACUGUAAUGUGAAAGUUUUUAUGUACACUUGCAGUAACGCUUUGAGCAGAGAGGCACAAUCUCGCAAGUAAUCUGGAAUUGAUAAGGAUCAAUUAAUCCAUAGCAAACACAAUUUGGGAGUUGCAAAGUUUUUUUUUAAUUGAUGUGCUCCUCCAGUCAUUUUCAAUUCUUCAUUUGUAACCUUUGCAAUAAGAUAAUAGUUUCCAAUCUCAGUUAAUGUGGUAUCAGUUUAAAAAGAUAAAAUUGUACGUAUUGACAGUUUCAUCUUUGCCAUGAAAUGUAAUGAACACAGGCUAAUGUUCCUGGAAAGAAACAAAUGGGUUGACUUCAUGAGAACAACAGAAUCAGUGUGUUUCAUUUUGAAAAUUUAAUUGUGGCAACAUCAAAAGAGGAAAGUUAAAUGCAGAAAGUAAUUAUGAAAAGGUGAAUAUGAAAAUGACUGAUUUAUGUGGAAUAUUAAUUUGCGUUGAGUACAGAUAUUUUAACACGUUGGAUAUAAAAAUAUGUACAUACAUAUCCCCUCGUCAAUGAUUCCCAAUGGUCAGCGUCAGUGUUUACACAUGUACAUAGAAAUUAUAAAUGGCUUGUAUUCUUCAUGUAUUUUGCUGUCUGCAUGUGGUACAUAAUGGGUAGAAAAAUUAUUUUUUCACACGGCACAUUGAGAAUGGGCUGGAUAUUAAUGCAUUACGUAACUUUUUGCCAAGACAAUCCCCCUCCCCACACCCAGUGGAAAUGAUUUUGUUCUGCCUUGCCUUCUUACCUUCUUAUUUAAGGAUAUCUGAAUUACAGUAAUGUGUUUAUGCUAUUGUUUUCCACACUAAAUAAAAGUAUUUAUACUGUACUUCA